CACGCGGCUCGGGCCCGCAGUCACGCGUGUUGCCCUUCCGGCCUCUCCGAGGGCCCCGCCCCGCCCCGCCCGCGGGUUGCGGGCCCUUUAAAGGCGCGCGCGGUCGGAGCCGCCCCUUCUGUCGGCCAAGCUCCGGAGCGGCGGCCGCCGGCGGGCCUUGACCAUGGCGUCCCCUGCCAUCGGACAGCGUCCCUACCCGCUUCUCCUAGACCCCGAGCCGCCGCGGUAUCUGCAGAGCCUGGGUGGCACCGAGCCGCCGCCGCCCGCCCGGCCGCGCCGCUGCAUCCCCGCGACCCUGGUCCCCGCGUCCGGGGCGUCAGAGGGGCGCAGCGGCCGGAGGGCUGCCCGGGGAGACCCCGAGCCCACGCCCCGGGACUGCCGACCCGCUCGCCCUGUCCGGCCCGGUCUGCAGCAGAGACUGCGGCGGCGGCCUGGCUCGCAACGACCCCGCGACGUGCGGAGCAUCUUCGAGCAGCCACAGGAUCCUCGCGUCCUGACCGAGAGAGGCGAGGGGCACCGUUUCGCUGAACUGGCACUGCGGGGCGGCCCGGGCUGGUGUGACCUGUGCGGACGAGAGGUGCUGCGGCAGGCGCUGCGCUGCGCUAACUGUAAAUUCACCUGCCACCCAGAGUGCCGCAGCCUGAUCCAGCUGGACUGCAGACAGAAGGAGGACCCUGCCCUGGAUCGACGCUCUCCAGAAAGCACCCUUACCCCUCCCUUCAGCCAGAAUGUCUGUAAGGCAGUGGAGGAGACACAGCACCCGCCCACGCUCCAGGAGAUCAAGCAGAAGAUUGACAGCUAUAACAGCCGGGAGAAGCACUGCCUGGGCAUGAAGCUGAGUGAAGAUGGCACCUACACAGGCUUCAUCAAAGUGCAUUUGAAACUCCGACGCCCCGUGACGGUACCUGCUGGGAUCCGACCCCAGUCUAUCUACGACGCCAUUAAGGAAGUGAACCCUGCAGCCACCACAGACAAGCGGACGUCCUUCUACCUGCCGCUCGAUGCCAUCAAGCAGCUACACAUCAGCAGCACCACCACCGUCAGCGAGGUCAUCCAGGGGCUGCUCAAGAAAUUCAUGGUUGUGGACAACCCGCAGAAGUUUGCGCUUUUUAAGCGGAUACACAAAGAUGGACAAGUGCUCUUCCAGAAACUCUCCAUUGCUGACUGCCCUCUCCACCUGCGUCUGCUCGCUGGGCCUGACACUGAUGUCCUCAGCUUUGUGCUAAAGGAGAACGAAACCGGAGAGGUAGAGUGGGAUGCCUUUUCCAUUCCUGAGCUCCAGAACUUCUUAACUAUCCUGGAAAAAGAGGAGCAGGACAAAAUCCAGCAAGUGCAGAAGAAGUACAACAAGUUCCGACAGAAACUGGAGGAGGCGCUACGGGAGUCCCAGGGGAAGCCUGGGUAGCCGCCGCCUCCUGUCCUCAGUGCCCUCUCAUUUAUUUUAUUAUUUUGCAACAGACAUUUAUUCUCCAGACACCUCUGGGUCCACCUGUGCCUGCCCAGCAGUUGACAGAUGCGGCACAAAGUCUCUUCCACAAAGUGUCUGUACAGGGUUCAAGUCCUGCCAACCCACGGCGCCAUGACUCUGCAGAGACUCCACCUGGAUCAGAACGAACAAUUUUUACCCCGCCCAACCUGCCGGCCUUCCACAAACCAAAUCGUUGCCUCUCUGGUCAAACUCCAAUCAAUCACAGCAGCCGGCAAAAGGGAAGAAAGGUUUUAGAGCGCUGUGCUCUUUCUCUGGAUUCAAUCCUUCAUUCAGUUCCUCUUCUUUGCCACCUACAGUAUCUUUAUUUAUGGGUCAAAUGUGCUGUCUUCGUUUAGCUAAGUCCUUGAAAGCAGGGAAAUGCUCACGGAAGGACUGUCCUCCUCGCCUCCAGGUGCCUCCCCUUCACUAGGACUAGAUUUCCAGAUGCUACAGCCUGCCCAGGCCUGUCUCUGUCACCCCCAGGCUGUGCACAUGCAAACCCAAAGGCAUAUAUGUACAUCUGUGUGGUAUUUCAGCAUGUCUCUGUCCGAUGUUUGUUAUGUUAAGUCCUGAGUUUAAUGUUGUCAUCCUCAUGGAUUUCUACCAAAGGGAAACCAGACACUUCACACUUUUAGUUUCCUGCUGAGUCGCCAGAAAGAACGCAGAGAAGCUCAUGCAAGCUGUCUACAGCCCGCCUACAGCUAGGACCUCUUGUCUACUCCUCAGCCUCCCGCUCUGCCUCCGUCCUCUCCAGCUGCUGUCCGAGGAGCAGCCUCGAUUACUUACAGUGGCUGGGAACUUUCUGUUGCAAGGCUUGGUCUGCUUGCAGCACGGCGUCCAGCCAGCCUGUGGGCCUGACCUCCCUGGUGACUUCAGUGCCUUUUUGUUUUCAGAGAGAAGAGCAGGGCAUGUUUGCUGCAAGCUCUGCUGCUGGCCUGCCCAGGGCAGGAAGUGGACCAUGGCGGUGUAGAAAUGAGGGCAGGGCAGUCCUCGAUGCACAGGUGAUGACCACUCUGCCAUCAAGCUUCCUGAUCAGGCUCUGACUCCGAAGAUGUGAUCUUGUUAAACCACACUGGCAGCAUCAGAUUCUGACUCCAGCUCACUGACGAGUUCAAACUGAAAACAGCAGUCAGAACCGCAAAGACCCUCACUCAAGACAGAGGGAGAAAAACUUGUCCCUUUCAAAGAAGGCCGGGGUUCCAAUCCGGCCUCCGGAGGAGACCGCUUUCUUGUUACCCUGCCUUUCCACACCCCUCGGGUUGUUUAAGCCCAAGCUUCUCCGUGUAGCCGCAAAGUCCCCUCCCUAGCUCAGGCUAGUCCCUGCCACUCCUGUCCCAGAGGAAUGCUGGGUCCUUGUCAUUCAGUCUUCAGAGCUGACAAAGCAACGCGAGCUAGCAACUCUGUGAGGCUGUGCAUGCCAUCAGCCCUGGCCGUCUGCCAUCUCGUGUGCAGCCUUAUCUCUUCCCUCCCCACUGUGUAUUACAGGGACAGACGGAAAGUCAUUCCCUUCAUCCUGCAUGUCUGUAGCAUAGGAGAAGGCAUGGCUCCUGCUGCAAACACUGUGAAUGCUGCUGAGACCCUCCCCCCAUGGAUGCUAUUUUAUUUUUGAGAAGAAAAAAGGUCAUGUAUAUAUAUAUAUAUAUAUACAAAUAUGUGUGUAUAUACACAUAGAGGCAUAGAGCUAUAUAUAAAGGUGUUUAUUCAGAAAAUUAUAGUAAAAUUGAGACUUUAAGCACAGUUGGACUCAGGACCUCUUCUGAGGUUGAGCCCCUGGGAAGGGUUAGGUCCCUUCAGCCCCAGAGCUGGGUGUAACUGCUGGUAGUGCCUUCUAUGGUUGUAUUGCUCCGUGGGUGUUUGUUUUGAGAACAUUUUCCUUCUAAAUGUUUUUUCUUAUAUAUGUUUUUUAAUGAGUAAUAAAGGCUUACUGCGAGAACAGUUCACAAUGGAGGCAUCCUCAUUGAACUUCCUCCUAUGGGAACUGAGCUGGAGCGAGGGGCCUGCAGCAACAGGAGGUGCAUUUCUUGGCAGAGCCAAGCUUUCUUCUGUAGUAAGAUUGGGAUUAAAGGCUGCCACCCAAAUGCUUCUGAGGACACUCUACACAUACAGGGUACUGCCUGUUCUCCAUCUCCUAUCUCCCUAGCUGGGGACGGGAGAGGACUUAGAGCCAAGCACAUGCUGAGUUAGAAAAGAGCGGGGCUUUCUGGCUACAAAGGUAACCAGCAGCUCUGUCCUGGAAUUAUUGGACAAUAAGACGUUAAUGUGCCAUGGACAAUUUCAGCCACGAGAGGGCCGAGCUGGCACCAAGCAGCCCUCAUUUUGGCACCCUCUGAUUUCCAGCAAAGAUGCAUCUUUGAAUUCAUAGAAAAAGUCACAUAAGUUAACUAGAGAAAUCACUGCCUACCUUCUGGGGUUGUUGCAAGUUUUCUUCUGACUUCUACAUGUGUGCUGUGGCAUGUGCACCUACACAUGUACACAUAGAUUUUUGUACGUGAGACACAUAUACACAUAGUUUUUUGUGCGUGAGACACAUGUACACAUAGAUUUUUGUGCAUGAGACGGGGUCCCACAAAUGUACACAUACAUUUUUGUGCGUGAGCCCCUGGCUAUCCUGGAACUUACUAUGUAGACCAGGCUGCCUUCAA